AUGCUGUGUUUCGGGAAGUUCUUGGAGCAGGAUAUGGCGUUCUUUGACGACCCCAAGCACUCGCCGGGUCGCCUUACUGCGGCUCUUGCUACAUAUGCCCUCAAGAUGAACGCUAUCAGUGGUGUUCAGCUGGGUGCUUAUUGCCAAUUCUCAGCGUCCCUUAUAGCCGGUCUUAUUAUCGCUUUCUUCGGCUCGUGGAAGCUCACGCUGGUGAUGCUAGCGAUUCUACCUCUGAUGGCCGGAGCUGGUGGCAUACAGAUGGCAGUGAGCAUUGGAAUCGAUAAGAAUAAGAGCGCUGACUCCCUGGCUGCGAACCAGGUGGCCUCGGACACAGUUCAGAACAUUAGGACGAUUCGCGCUCUCGUGUCUGAGCAGUGGACUCGCAACUUAUUCCAAGACCUCCUUCAUCGCGCUGUACCGUAUCAAGCACGUCAGUCCAGUUGGGCUGCGCUUUGGUACGGCAUUUCACAGGGGAUUCUAUUCUUCAGCGUGUCGCUGGGGUUCUGGUACGGCUCUAAACUGGUGCAGGACGAGGGGCUUACAUUCGACAAGAUGAUUCAAUCCUUGAUGGGAGUCUUCUUAGCAGCUAUGGCGGCCGGCCAGGCUCUAGCUUUCGUUGGGGACAUCAACGAAGCCAAGGCAGCGGCACACGACAUAUUUGAACUACUUGAUAGCGAGAGCUCGAUCAACCCUUCAAGCGACAGGGGGAGGAAGAACAGUGUGUGGGGACCACAAGGUACUGCGGUUCCGGCAGCGGUCAACAUUACUUUCAAGGAUGUGCAAUUCGCGUAUCCUCACAGACCAGGCGCUCAGAUUCUAUCUGGUUUGAGCUUCGAGAUUGAGGCUGGUAAAACUGUGGCUUUG